AGUUGUAGAGAUCUGCAUCGACGACAACAAAAAAUGGAUUACCAAUCUCGCGCUACGACGGCCGUGACCGUAAUUUUGCUGGCGUUGGGGUUGUUGGCUAGUUGCGGUGCAAUCGUUUUUCCAACUGAUCGUCAGCCCGGAACAAGUACGGUUAACGUCACACGGCGCAACCACCGAACUCCCAGGGACAUGCAAGAGCUCAAAACAAACGCCCAUGGGCUUGACUUAUUGUCGGCUGGACUCAAGACCACCGGUCAAAAGUGGUCGUCAGACGAGUACCAAACGCUAUCGACAUUGCAGCAGCAGACUUCCGAUGACGAUUCGCUACAGCCCGUCACCACGAAGGUUGACAUCUAUCCGGCGCUAACGACAAAUUCACUGCCGUUCGUAACUCGGACCCAGUACGUUAGCAACCACUUGCACCAGCCUUACUAUCACAACAUGCACGAGGAUGACAGGAACACUCAUCAACAAGAAACCAUGGACCUGGAAGAUCAGCGUACGGGGUACUCGCCAGCAAAAUGGAACAGGUAUUACCCCAGUCACAGACAAUUUAAAAAAUAUGGACCAGUGGUCAUGGAGACGGACGUGGCAGCGGAUGGCAGUACCAGCAUGACCGGUGGAUACAACGUUUACGACAACGGCGGCAUGGACUACGGCACCAGCACCAGUUACGAAUUAGAAAACAUUAAAAACGCAAACAUCGGCAGUAGCGGAGGCGGUAACGGCAUCGUCAGUUGGUUCAGCGACCCGCCGACACAAUCUUCGCGACCCGCACCCAUAGUGGCCGAGAUCCGGCAACCCAGUAACAAGAUGUCUAUCGACGCCCAUAAGUUAACGUUGAUGGCAAUAGCCAAGAUAGCCUUGGCUAAGCUAAAGGUGCUCACGGCGAUCAAGUUCCUCAUCUUCCUGUGGGUCAAACUCAAGUUGUUGGUCAUACUAAAGGGGUUCAUAUUCGCUAAGUUAACCGUGAUAGGCAAAUUUCUCAAAAUUUUCUUGUUGCCGUUCCUGCCCUACUUGAUUUCAUGGUUGAGGAACAUAAUCAUGAUGAACAUGAACCCCUCGAUGAACAUGCCCAUGCCUAACUUGAACAAUAUGUUGAGUAAUGCAAUCCAAUCACGUAACGACAGCGUCCCCGAUCCGGCACUUAGGAGAAGCACUGCCGAUCUGGAUACACUGAACGUAGCUGGAAAUUUGUUGAGGUUCGUGGCCUUUGUGCAAUCGUCUAAAUGUGUGGAGAGGACUGCCUGCCGCAUUUCCAGCACCAGACCACUGAGUUUACAAACCACUUUGGCGAACUGGAUCUUUUCACCAUUGUUGAUUUAUAUUCCAAACAAAAAGUUAAAGUCCUACUUGUCAACAUUGAAGGAAGUUUCAGACUAUCGUUUAGAAAACAUUACCAGUUAUCCGUCAACAAUAGAAUGGCUUAAAUGGUGCGAUGAACGAUAUUAUUGUGAUGAAGAAGAAGAAGAUACUGACGACAAUUUGAUUUAA